AGGUGUGGUGAUGUGACGGAUGUCAGUCAGAUGAAGACAGACAGCAGCAGCAUCUGUCAGUGUCUGCUGAUGAAGGGACGACGUCUCUUUGACCUCAUCUGAACGGGACUUUAACAGGAAGCCACGAUGACGGCAGUGGAUCUUUUCAACACUUUGGAGAAUUUAAAGGAAGAGGAAUUUAUGACAUUCAAAUGGUAUCUACAGCAAGAAGUCCUGGAAGGCUUCCAACCCAUCAAAGUGUCCAAGCUGGAGAAGGCAGAAAUGCAGGACACGGUGGAUGUGAUGGUGAACACCUAUCGGCUAGAGGGAGCUCUGACGGUGACCAAGAAGGUUUUAGAGAACAUCAGCAGGAAUGAUCUGGUCCAGAGUCUGCCAGACACCGACUCAGGACCACAAGUUCUGGCUGCAGCCAGCAAUGUGCCUGAAGGAGAACAUUUAGCUCAUCUGACCACGUCAGGUCUGAAAAGACAUCAGCUGAUCGACCCUGUAGAGAACCUGGAAGGCAGGAUGUGUAGGAAGCACGAUAAACCUCUGGAGCUGUUCUGUAAGACCGACCAGACAUGUGUCUGCAUGCUCUGCACUGUUUUAGACCACAAGACGCAUGAUGUUGUUCCUCUGAAAGAAGAACAUGAAGGAAAGAAGGCAGAUCUGGGGAAGACUGGGGCUGGAAUUCAGCAGAUGAUCCAGAAGAGACGACUGAAGAUUCAGGAGAUCAAACACUCAGUGGACCUCAGUGAGGAAGCUGCAGACAGAGAGAUAGCAGAAGGUGUUCAGGUCUUCACUUCUCUGAAGGAGUCUGUUGAGAGAGGCCUGAAUGAGCUCAUCAACACCAUCAAAGAGAAGCAGAAAACAAGAGAAAAACAGGCCGAAGCUUUCAUCACAGAGCUGGAACAGGAAAUCUCUGAGCUGAUGAAGAGAAGCACUGAGGUGGAGCAGAUGUUACGCUCUGAAGACCACCUCCAUCUUCUCCAGAGGGUCCAGUCCCUAAACAUCCAACCACCUCCACCCACCAAGGACUGGACAGAGGUCAGCGUCCGUCCAUCAUCAUAUGAGGGGACUGUGGUGAAAGCUGUGGUUCAGCUGGAGGAGACGCUCAGUAAAGAGAUGAAGAGGCUGCUUGAAGCCGAGCUGAAGAGGGUCCAGCAGUAUGCAGUGGAUGUGACUCUUGAUCCUGAUACAGCACAUCCUAAUCUCAUCCUGUGUGAUGAUGGGAAACAAGUGAAUCAUAGUGAUGUGAGGAAGAAUCUCCCAGACAACCCAGAGAGAUUUUCUUAUUGUGUUUUUCUUUUAGCAAAAAAGAGUUUCUCUUCAGGCAGAUUUUACUUUGAGGUUCAAGUUAAAAGAAAGACUAAAUGGACUUUAGGAGUGGCCAAAGAGUCGAUCACCAGGAAGGGAGACAUUGCACUGAGUCCUCAGAAAGGUUACUGGACGAUAUGGUUGAGAAAUGGGAAUGAGUACAAAGCUCUUGCUGACCCUCCAGUCCGUCUCUCUCUGAAGUCUCCUCCUCAGAAGGUGGGGGUGUUUGUGGACUAUGAGGAGGGUCUGGUCUCCUUUUAUGACGUAGAUGCUGCAGCUCUUAUCUACUCCUUUACUGGCUGCUCCUUCACUGAGAAACUCUUCCCAUUCUUCAGUCCCUGUACUAAUGAAGGUGGUAAAAACUCUGCCCCUCUGAUCAUCUCUCCUGUCAGAGUAAACUAAUCACUGAUCUCAUUUCAGGUAUUGAUUCAUUUUCAAUCAAGGGAACAAAUGUACAUAUUC